CAGUUCGAAACUAUUAUCGAUAGCGUGUGUAUAUUGAGCUUUUGGUGUUCCAAGUGUUACCUGUGUGUGCGAAUUAACUUCAAGUUGUGAUUUGAAAGUUUAUGGUCGAAAAAAAAAAACAGCCAUCCACUUUCAAAUCAAUGGAAAAAGUUAUGCUAAGAAUUUGCAGUUGUUAAGAAAGUGUUUUUAAAAGCAUUAUAUACAGAUAUAAUAUGAAAGUGAAUAAAAAUUAAGAAAGUCUUGACUAAGAAAAAUUUUUAAGAAGGAGUGAAUAAAAUAAACCGCAUACAAAUAUCACAUAAGGAUAAUGGCUUGGAAAUUUCGAAAAUCAAAAAUACAUCAACUUAAGGUUUUCUGCGUUCUCACCAUUCUCUGCUGCUGUGCCUUACCCUUAACAAUGGCAGAUGAAGGGGAGACAACAAAAGAAUCCUCAUCACCAGCGCCGCCACCCGCUAAAGCCGCGCCAAAAAUAACCAAAUCACGAUCCCUAUCAACAAGACGACCUCCACCAACUACAACAACCACAACCACGACGACCACAACAACAGAGGAACCGGAGCCGGAACCAAUGGAAACGACCACAAGUGCCAAUGACAUUUGUAUGCAUGGCAUUCAUGCCAUUAUACCAAAUUCCGAAGAAGAUUUAACGGUGGUUAAAACGGAAAAUGAUUUUGUCCAUGACAUGGAGGGUGAUCUGUUACUGAGUGUGAUGACAACAGAUCCAGCAUCGGCAAUGUUUGUUAUAAAUCGCAUGAAUGUGGCCAAUCUGUUGGAGGCAAAUUUUGAAAUAGGUAUACGUGCCAUACACCUGGAAGCCGAUCAUUUGGUGGAGAACAUCAUAUUGCAAGAAAUCAAAUAUCAGCAACAAUGCACCACCCAUGCCUUGGGCAUAUUCAUCGACUUUGACUACUACAUGAUGUUGCAGGAUUUCAUCGAUGAUCUGGAUUACAACAUUUGGCCCAUACCUUCCACACGCGAUGAUUUGUUUCCCAAAGUUGCCCAUUUGCUGCAUCAAAUGCCUUGGGGCGAUCAAAUUGCCUCGGUGGAGAUUUUAACUGAAAAUUUGAAUGUCUAUAAUGAUUUUAUGGAUGCCACGCGCAAGGAGCAUAUGUGCCUUAUGCACUUCAAGAGUGAUAGUAACAUUUAUAUACUAUUUGGUAAUAAAAUGGCUUCACAUUUUAAGGAGAAUGGAACGAUAUUUGCCGUGCCUACGGAAAGGACAGAUCGUCAUUUUAUAAUGGAUUUACCCAACAAAUCCUACAUACUGAUGGAGAAUGAAAUCGAUCUGCGAGAAAUUGAUAAAAAUGCCACCCAAAUGACUUUGGACGAACCGCUGAUUGGUAAAACCAUACUACCCUCCCGGGUGCUGGCCUUUGCCCGCCCCAUGCUGGAGUUGGCCAGAUGGCUUAAGUCUUCCAUGCAGAUUCAUUGUAAGCGGGUGCAGGAGUUCUACGCCUUGGAGACCUGUGGCAAUGUGUUGGAAUUUAUAGGAGAUUGGGAGAAGCCUGAGAAUCGUCUGCCCCACCAUGAUACCGCCGAGCUGUUGGAUUUGUUGCGCAUGCGCCAAUUGGGGCCAUUGAUGAAUUUUCAAAUGUUCCAGAAACAAAUGGAAGAUCAGUUCCCUCCCCCGGUCUCUUACGAAGAGGAGAAGGCAACAAUGCGGGAAAUUGCAGCACAGAAUUUUGUCACAAAUAUAACGACCUAUUAUCACUAUAAUCGCGAUAACCACACCAGUGUGGAGCUCAAAACGAAAUUUGGACAUGUCUUCAAUUGCCAAUUGACAACAGGAGAGAAUUCACGCUAUCCCUUUUUAUUCGAUGGAGAAUCGGUCAUGUUUUGGCGCAUUAAGCCCGAUACAUGGGUGGCCACUGGCAUGACAGCGGCCAUUUUGGGCCUCAUAUGUACCCUGGCCAUUUUGGUGUUCAUUGUGGUGCGCAUUUCACUGGGCGAUGUCUUCGAGGGUAAUCCGGUCACCUCCAUAUUGCUGUUGCUCUCUUUGCUGCUAAUGUUCACCUCGUUCAUACCCUUCUCGAUGGAGUAUGUGGGAGAGCAUCGCAAUUCCCAUGUGACCGUUGAAGAUGCCGCCACCUUAAAUACCCUAUGUUCGGUGAGAGUUUUCAUUCUCACUCUGGUGUAUUGUUUUGUAUUCUCUCUUUUGUUGUGCCGCUCGGUAAUGUUGGCCUCCAUAGGCUCGGAGGGUGGUUUUCUCUCCCACGUCAAUGGCUAUAUACAGGCAGUGAUCUGUGUCUUCAGCAUUCUGGUGCAGCUGGGCAUGUCUGUGCAGCUGCUGACAGCCAUGCAUCUGGCACCGGAUCGGGUGUCCUGUGAGAAUAUCUACUAUGGCCAUUGGAUGUUUGGCUUGUUGUCCUAUGACAUGUUGCUAUUGCUGAGCAUUAUUGCCUUGGUGCCAUUCAUCUAUCGAUCGCAGAGGAAUUACAGGGAGGGAAUUCUGAUUGUUAUAGGCUCAGUGUUAAUGCUGAUCAUUUGGAUUGUUUGGAUCACAUUGUCCUUCUUUGGGGACGAAAUGCGUGAUGCUGCCUUGCCCUUGGGCUUGCAAGCUUCCGGCUGGGCAAUAUUGGUGGGCAUUUUGAUACCGCGUACCUUUUUGAUAGUAAGGGGCAUAGAGCGUUCUGAUAUAGCCCAAGCCUUGCCGUCGUUAACAUCAUUGGCUUUUGCCCAAAACAAUCAAUACUCCUCGGAACAGAGUGUCUAUGAGUGUGUGAAUCCUGCCAUGCGUAACAUAUCCCAGGAUGAACUCCACCAUCAGUCGCCUAGCGAAAUUCCCACAUUGCCACUGCGUGGAGGCGGAGCUCCCAGACGCCAGCAAUUCUUUGCCAAUCUGCGCCAGGCCAACUCCCAUAUUGGAACACAACGCCAGAACACCACACGAGUCAAUCGUGGCAGUCCACCACAUUCUGUUCAGUCAUCAAUAUCACCCACAGAUUCCCCAGAGAAUAGUAAAAUUACAAGAUUUUAAAAGAGAUAGAGAGAGAGAGAGAGAGAGAGUGGGAGAGAGAUCUCCUUUAAAUGGGGAAAACAUCCAAGGUCCUUAAACCCCAAAUAUGCUUCCAUUUCAAAAACAUAACCACACCACGGACCCUGAACCCAGUUUUUCCCAUGAACAAAAAUCUCUCCAUUAGAUUUAGAUAUAAGUUUUGAAAUAUUUGAAAAAAAAAACAUAUUUUCCCCCCAAAAUUUUUAAGUUUACACCAUUGUGGAGGAUAUGAAGUAUGUAUUUGUGAGUAGUUUACUUAUUUUUUUUUUGUAAGUCCUUUUUGAACCUAUUCUAGUCAAAAUCAAAUACCUAAGAACUUGAUUGAAAUCAAGCGUUGUUUCAACAUCAUUCAAAAGGAUAUUUAUUAAUAAAGAUUGAUAUUUAUAAAUAA